AGAAAGUUUGAACAUUUUUGUCUUCAAUUACCAACAUAUAAUACAAAAUAAUGAACUUAAUUUAUGCUAACGCAAUAAUUAUAAUUAUUCUGAUAAUAUUUUGGACUGAAGAUGUUGCAUCACAACGUACCUCCCUAGACGAAAAACUUGGUCAAUAUUACAGAAGUUUUAGACUAAUAGGUGCUUCAAUAGCUGGACCAUCUCGUCAAAACAAAAACAAUAUUAAUGAUAUUGAAAGAGUUGGGAAAACACACACAAUAUCGAAACGAGAAUUCGUUUGUAACUCAAAUACUGGACCACCAAAAAGAAGUGACAAGCCACCAAAGUCAGUGCAUCGCUUACGACCAGGCGAUAUUGAUAUCAUCGGUGCCAUGGGUGAUUCUUUAACAGCUGGAAAUGGAAUUUUAGCUUCAAAUAUUUUUCACAUUGGAGUUGAAAAUAGAGGUGUCUCAUGGUCAAUAGGAGGACAAGGAAAUUGGCAAGAAUAUUUAACUCUCCCAAAUAUUCUAAAAGAAUUCAAUCCAAAUCUCUAUGGUUAUUCAUUAUCGGAUGGACUGACAACAGAUCGUUCUUCAAAAUUUAAUGUUGCCGAAUUAGGUGCAAUGUCCAGAGAUCUACCAUUUGAAGCUAAAGUACUUGUUAAACGUUUAACAGCUGAUAAAAAAGUCAACUUCAAUGAUCACUGGAAAUUGAUAACAAUUUUAAUUGGCAACAAUGACUUUUGCUCGGAUAUGUGCUAUUAUCCUAAUCCAAAACUGGUUUUGAAAUGGCACGAACAGAAUAUGCUCAAGACCUUACGAUUCCUAAGAGAUAAUGUACCAAGACUUAUGGUUAAUAUUGUUCCAGCUCCAAAUUUAAGAUUAUUAACAAAAUUGGUAAAUAUGCCAAAUGAAUGUCAAGCAACUCUACGAUUCGAAUGUCCAUGCUUGAUAGGCAAAGACAAUGAUACUUUAAAUUAUUUAGAAUCAAUAAUGCUGGAAUGGAUUGAGUUGGAUGAAAUUAUUGCUAAUAGAGAUGAAUUCAAUACUGAGACUUUUACGGUUAAUAUUCAACCAUUUACAAAAUUUGGCGAACUUCCGAAGAAAUCAAAUGGCGGUACAGAUUUUCGUAAUCUAUCUGUCGAUUGUUUUCAUUUAAGCCAAAGAGGACAAGCGUCUUGUGCAAAUGCGUUAUGGAAUAAUAUGUUGGAAAUUAAUGGCAAUAAGACAUCUAAAUGGAGAGAAGCAUUUGAAAAAGUACUAUGUCCAACAUUCGAAAGGCCAUAUCUUGCAACAAGGAGCAAUAGCCGGUCUGGUAGUUAGGAAUAAUUAAGUUGUUUUUUUUUUUU